CUGUCUUCACAAUCAUUGUGCAGAUAUUGAUACUCCCUUUUCUGUCAAGGUUAAGUUUAGGUACAACAUGUAGAUUGGCAAGAUCAAACAGGUUUUACCAUCUUCUGUCACAAUCUAUCUCACACAGCCAUGUCCUGCAGAAUUUGGCAGGUUCAGUCCUUAGUGGUGCUACCAAGCCACUCUUAGAGAUGCAUACUAAAUUCCUCAAUCCACUGUAUAUCUUGUGUCCCUUGCCUGCUCUUUACCUCCUUCAAGUAAUGAUCAAUGUGAAGGAGUACUUAUUUAUCAGCUGAAGAAGGGCAGUAAAGGUAAUCAGUAGGAACUUUACUUGACCAUGUAACACCAUUAGACGGAGUUUCAUGAGCUCCACAAGGUGUAGAACAUCACUGACUGCCUGUUUAAUUCACUGAGGGAAAGCCAAAUGUUCUGAUUUGCAUUUUGUUAAAGCAAUAAUUUAAGUUGUUUGUUUUUUUUAGCACAUCGUUUUCAACUCCAUAACAAACUGCUUGGGACCACGAAAGUUGCUGUACAGUGGAAAACUUUACAAAACAAAGAGCAACAAAGAAUUAUACGGCUUCCUUUUCAAUGAUUUCCUGCUGCUUACCUACAUAGCAAAACAAACGUUUAUCUCAUCAGGCUCCGAAAAAUUGUUCAGCUCUAAGUGUAAUUCUCAGUUUAAAAUGUACAAAACGCCUGUUUUCUUGAAUGAAGUUCUUGUGAAACUGCCAACUGAUCCAUCAAGUGAUGAUCCAGUCUUUCACAUUUCACACAUUGAUAGGGUGUACACACUAAGAGUGGAAUCUUUAAAUGAGAGGACUGCCUGGGUUCAAAAGAUUAAAGCAGCAUCUGAACACUUUAUAGAAACUGAGAAAGGGAAACGUGAAAAAGCUUAUCAAGCCCGGUCACAGAAGACAAGUGGAAUAGGACGACUUCUUGUGAGCAUUAUUGAAGCAACAGAAUUGAAAGCCUGCAGGGCAAAUGGAAAGAGCAAUCCCUACUGUGAAGUCACAAUGGGAUCCCAAUGUUACACGACCAGAACACUGUCAGAUACUUUGAACCCCAAGUGGAACUUUAACUGCCAAUUCUUUAUCAAGGACAUUUACCAAGAUGUAUUGUGUAUCACAGUCUUUGAAAGGGAUCAAUUUUCACCUGAUGAUUUCCUAGGUCGGACAGAGGUUCCAGUAGCAACAAUCAAAAAGGAGCAAGAAGGCAAAGGGCCAACUACAAAGCGCCUUCUUUUGCAUGAAGUCCCAACUGGGGAGGUAUGGGUUCGCCUUGAUCUUCAACUAUAUGAACAGAAGACAUUACUCUGAAAUCGAGGCUUCAAAAUCAUUUGAACUUUAACAUUCAGAGACUAAAAUUGUGGCAAUCAUCUAUUGAUGAUAAACAAUAUUUUUUCUAAAAUUAUGGAGGAAGUUCAACAAAUUAAACCUCGUAACGAACGGACACUGAUGUUCAGCAAUGGUUAUAGCCAAAUAGGUGCCAGCUUUUUUUUGCUGUUGCGCUAAAAUCACAAAUAUUCUUCCUCUUUGGUUGCCACUUUCUGUCUAUUUUUCUCGCAGUGUAAAUUUCCAACAAUGAUCAUGGAGGAAUAUUAAAUCCAAGUUUCAGUCAUGAAGACAAAAACGAAGCCAAAUUACUUUUUUGCCAGUUGAAGAUGGCCUUAUUGGCUCAGAACUACUUAAAACAAACUGCACAGUGACUUCACUCCUGAUGGGUCAUUAAAUGUGGCAAAAUGACAGACUUAUUUUCUAUGCAGAGUCUAAGAAGUCAAGCGACAAUUGAGUCUUUGUAAAUAUGUAAACAAACAGCUUUUGCAAUGACUGCAUAUUUCUGUAAUUGUAAGUGUACUUUGGGAAGCAUUUUUGAAGUAACUGAACAGAAUUUGAAUAUACUUUGAAUUGAACAUCUUUGAGUAAAAAACAUGGCAUCAUGCAGUAAAUCAACAAUGGUGGUGUACACUGAGUCAUAUUCGCUGGAAUUGUCAGUUGCUUAUAGCUUAACACUGAAAGAGAGGUCCACAGCUACUGAAGAGAGGUUGAAAAAAUACUUCUGUAGAACUUUGUGCUACUUAGAAACAAAAUGUUUUCUGUACAUUAUAAAAGCAGUACAUUAAGGAAUUUUUAUCAUGGCAGCGGUUUUUGUCUACAGUUAACGUUAUUCAGUUUUCCUCUUGACUUAGUUCCGGAAGUUUGUAACUAAAUCUUAUUUUUGAGAAGUUACUUCUGUGAUUUAUCUAGCCAUAUGUCAAAAUAUUUGUCCUCUAGAUUACAGAAACAUACAUGAACUAUACCAAUGGUUUUGUCACUUUGAGCAAAUUUUCUAUAAAUUGGCAGAAGUAGUUUUGUUAUCAUUGGUGGUAUCUUGUAAUUUCAGAUUUUAUAGGUCAAAUAUUUUAUCAAAUCAGGCCAUAUUUGAUGACUGGAUUCUCAGGUGCCAGCUUUCAAUAGAUUUGUUUAUAUCGCGUAUUUAGGGUCUUAGUUAAUACUUUUUUCCACAGAUGUAUGCGUUGUACUUGUCCAUCCUUAAUUUGUUAUAACUGUACCAGCAGAAAGCCUGCUCAGACUGAAUUAGAGAUUGGUUAAAGAAAAGGUGAUGAGGCAGUAAUGACUUUGUGCAUUCGAUUUUCUUCUGCUCUUAUGAGAAACCACAGUUCAGUUUCGAUCAGACUUCAGGAACCUUUCAUAAAAUUAUAACUACAAAGGUAGAAUAUGUUAGAAAUGGCCAGCAGGUUGGUCAAAUUAGGAAAGACAGAUUGGUUCAGGUAGUUAUGAAAAGUUGCACCCAAAACAUUGACCUAUCUCAUUCUCAGUUGUUGAUUGACUGGUUUUGCACUUCUACCAUUUUCUGGUUUUAUCUAAUAAACUGCCAGCAUUAUUUUUGGCUACAAAGUGAAGGCAUGCGCUAAGAUGCAUGCAAGUGAAUUAUUUACUAGUAUCUAUUUCAUUUUUCAUUGUUCUUAACCAAUUUUUUUGUAAAAAAUCCACCAUCAGCUAUCAAUGUGAAAUAUAUGAAGCAGUUUAAAUGUUAUUCUGCUAUCCUUGUUCCUGCACAGGCUUUCACAUAAUCUUUAUUUCAAGUGUUAUAAGUAACCUUUAUUUGUAACUUACUGCCACACCUUUGUUUUUCCUGCAUGAACAAAACAUUUAUUUUAAAAAAGAUGUAUUUGUGAUACACGUGGCAUCACUGCAUUGUGCAGUUAAAUGAUACAAGAACAUUUUUAAAUCACUUUCCGGUAUUCAUUACUGAUGACAAUUUGAUUCUUUCUUCACCUGUAUUCUUUAGCCUUGGAAAAUGCAAGAUUAGUUAUUGCAGCUGUAUUUGGUGGAAGGAUGCUAUAAGGUGAUAUAAUGUAUAUGGUCAACAAUAUAACCUGUACAAUACAGAACUGCUAUAAGCUAAUUUGAGGACCUGUUGGUGCUGUGGAGUCUUUCAUUUUGUAAUAUGGAGCAGUUCCUGCUACAGUCAGAUAAAGCUUUCACAUGAACUUUGUUGACUUCCAUAUCUGGGCAUGAAUCUUUCCUGACUGCCAGGUAGAAUCAAUAAAUGAAAAACACAACAAAACACAAAAUGCUGAAAGAUCUUUCUUCAUGAGCGUAGUUCAAAACAAUACCACUGGUGGAAUUAUCCACCAAGCCACUGAGGAUUCUUUUUCUUAAUUUCAACUUUUCUACAGCAAUAAUUCAACAGGACUGGAAGCAUCUAUGGAAACAAAGUUUCAAAACAAUUACCCUUUGUAAGGUCAAUAAGCUAUUUUCCUUCUAUUUAAUUGUAUAAACAACAUUUAUCACAAUGGAUAGGUUACCCCUGCAAGCCCGUGUGACAUCUCAGUAUUGUUAUUCUUAAUUCAAAUUGAAUGCAUUAAUUUAAAAAUAAUCAUUGGCAAUUGAUGGCAAAGGUGAGUAAAGAAUCACUGGUAAAGCAUACAAUUGUCUUUCAUGCACCCUUCUCAUUCCUAAAAGUAUUGUACAGAGUCCCAGCAGCUUAGAUAACUUUACAACUGACCAUUCAUUGUGUGUGUGAACAUUUCACUGAACAUUCUGAAUGGAGAAGGAAUCUUGAGGGACAACAUGAGCGUUAGGUAUCUAGUGGAAUGUAACUUUAGGUAAAAGCUUGUGGAAUUUGCUUGAUGUCCUAUCCAAACAAAUUGAGCUACUAAUUACACAGCUAACACUCCCCAGACUAAUUAUUGUUUGCAGAUCUUUCUUCGUGAGUGUAGUUCAAAACAAUACCACUGAUGGAUUUAUCCACCAAGCCACUGAGGAUUCUUUUUCUUAAUUUCACUUACUUUUCUUCAGCAAUAAUUCAUAAUGUAACUUACGGGAUGCUAGGUGGGCACUGUUACAACUAGGUGAGGAGGAGUGAAUUGGCUCCCCUCUUUUUAACCCCAUUGUUAGCCAUAACAAAAGUUUUAAAUGUUUAGACUGCAGCUAUAUCUCACUUCAAUUAAAACAUUGUACUAGUCAAAAUUAAGGUGCCAAUUACAAGGUUUUAAUGUGACAAAGAGGGAUGUUUACUAACCCCAAGGAAAAAAUAAAGUAACAUAAAACGCACACAAACCCAGAUAUAAAGUUUGGAAAGAAAAAUAAAGAAUAGGUACAUUAAUCCUUAACCUGAGGUCACAGUUGUUUAAUUGAUAUCCCGCAUCCUCAGCAGUGGCAACAUCUGUACAUAUCCUUCAGUCCUAGCUGAAUAGAUACAUAAUUUGAUCACUGAGCAUUGUUUGUCAAGAGAGAUUGAGAGAAACAAGGAUAGAGAGAUUCUUUCAGUUCUGCUAUUACAAAUCGAUUCUUUUUCUCUCUGCUCUAUCCAAAAUAAAUAUAAUUAAUUUCCAAUUUUACCACUUGCAUAACAGUGACUGCUAUUAUCAUUCUAUUGCUAAAAUUGAAACUUGUGGGUUACAAUCUUUAAUGGUUGAUUUUUAUUUUACCUGGUGGUCAAGCAGGGAUAUUCAAUGAAAGGUGGCAGAGUUCUAGGAUUCCAAUAAGGCUCUUCUGAAUGUCUCCCAACAGAUUUCCUGAUAACUGGUGUGCUUAGUUUAUAGAGAAAUUAUUUUGGCACCUCUGCUGCUAUCUGUCUGCUGCAGUGUUUGAAAACUACUCUAACUGUUGCAAUGACUGUACUGCAUCCAAUAAAAUGGCAAGAAAUGUCCAAUGUGAGGAUUUUGAUCAUUCUUAAAACCUAAUUUCAAGCAAAGAUGCUACAUCGUAGAACAAACAGUGAUUUAAUGGUUACUUCUAUUUCUGGCUACAUUGAAAAUAGUUGUUGUACAGUUGGCCAAGCUGCUAGAAAAUUGGUAUUGACUGCCAGACCAUACCACAAUAUGGUGUCUUUAACAGUUAUUUAAAAUGUUUGCACCUGACUUUUAAAAUUGAAUGUAUAAAAAUCCAAAAUAUCUGUAUGUCUUGCAGCAUUAGUUUUCUUGAGUGCGAAAAUGUAUAUUAUAAAUGAGGGAACAGGGAAUGUCUAGUUUGCCAAAUAUUUUUCUUACCAAUACAAGAGCAAUAGCUAUUAGGGUUAUGAAAACACACUGUGGGGUAUUAAACCUCUUUGAUAAUUCAGUCAAACCACUGUCAAACUGUUACUAGUAUUGAAAACAAGCAUUUUAAAGGGGGUAUGUACUGGACAUUAAAUAGUUUAAUAUUAGUUUUGGCAUGUAUGUUCUUUUUGUGUUGAAUCAUGUAAAAUAAUUUUUUAAAGAAUCUUAUUUUUAUGCCACUGCCCAUCCUAUGCAGUCUACUGUAGAUAAUCUCUUUGCACUACUGCGGUAUGUCUCAGUUGCUUCAUAUUUUGUAGACUGAAUUUUGUUGUAUAGUAUUUGGUUUGAUAACAAAUCUCUACACUGUGUUGUCAAUAAAAUUGACACUUUUAAAUUA